CGACUAAAGGUCACAUAUUGUCUGGCUUCAAUUCGUGGAAGAGCUGUUUGGAAACAACUACGAGAUUUGACAAAGAGGUAACGAGUGAGAAUCCAUUGCKUCUGAAGAUUUAAGUCAGUAUUGCACAAUGUUUCCAGUUGACCAGCUACAGCGCUUUCAAGUAAUCAACCCUGACCAUAAAUUCAUCAAGCCUUGGUGGGAUACCUUUACUGAUUACAUUGCUACAGCCUUGUUGAUGAUGGCCGUACUAGCAGGGGUAAUGCAAGCUACACAGAGCGACCUGGUCUGCGUCCCUGCUAUUGACUGUAGCUUAAGCCAUAAUCAGAGCUUUAAUCACAGCGGCGUUUGUCAAGGUAGCAAGUCGACAAUGCUGCUGAAAUUACCAGACAGACGGCUGUACGAUUACGUUGAGACAGUGUGUGGUCGCACGGCGGUUCACUGUACCCGGGGACAGCUUCAAUCAUAGAUCAGUUCGUGUCAUUGGUCAUUGAAUGUUAUAAUAUGAC